UUACGCCGCUCCAACAUCUUACUCCUUAAGCUCUCUCAGUCCAAGUGAACCAGUCUGAUUGCCGACCAACAUGGAUCCUUUCGGCGCGGAAGGCGAGCUAGUCAACAUUCACACCGCAUUUGUGCAAGGCCAAUACACUUCAGUGCUUAACGACUUCGAUGCCUCGAACUUCUCGGCCGAAAACAACCUACCGAUCCAGGUCCUCCAGUACCGAGCUCAAUGCGCGCUAGGGCAGUACGCCGAAGUGAAAAAAGCAAUCAGCGAGAAAGAUGCGAAGCAGACACCCGAUCUCGCAGCCGUGCGGAUAUAUGCAUCGUACCUCGAGAAGCCCACAGAUGCAGCGGUGACGGAAGCAGAAAGUCUGGCAGAAAGUGCAAGCGAUAAUUUGACUGUACAACUUCUCGCUGGCACUGUUCUCGCAAGAGCAGGCAAGCAGGAUCAAGCGCUGCAAUUAUUAUCGAAACAUCAGGGUUCGUUGGAUGCUGUAGCUCUGAUUGUGCAGAUCCACUUGCAACAGAAUCGUACAGAUCUCGCGUUGAAGGAGGCGAAGAGCGCGAGGUCUUUUGCGCAAGAUGCGCUGCUGGUGAAUCUCGCGGAAUCGUGGAUCGGAAUGCGACAGGGUGGUGAGAACUAUCAAAAGGCGUUCUACGUGUUCGAAGAGCUGGCGCAAGCGCCUUCGUCUGCGUCGGCGACGAGUCUGAUUGCGCAGGCGGUGUCAGAGCUUCACAUGGGGAGGACUGAAGAGGCGGAAGUCGCGCUGGAUCAGGCGUUGACGCUAGAGCCUGAGAACAGUGCUGCGAUUGCGAACAAGCUGGUUUUGGAUACGAUUGCUGGAAAGGAUACUUCGGAGCUGAGCGCGAAGUUGAAGAGCGUAGAUAAGGAGCACGAAUUGCUUGCUGAGCUGGACGCAAAGCGGGAGGCUUUCGAGGCUGCUAUGGCCAAGUACAACCCUAAGUUCGAGCCUUGAGAACGGACGCAUAGGUGGUGACUACUAGUAGACGUACUGGACGCAGAAAAGUACCAACGAUUAGACGAAUGCACGUCUGGGUAUCCUAGAAGAUAUGAACACUUGGCAGACAAAUGUACUGCCACAUAACAACUCUUUACAACUCUCUCUUUCAGAUCCUGAACUUGGGUAGAAGAAAGACGACCAGGAAACAAGCCACCCAGAGGCCGAAUAUGAAAGCAUACAGCUUGAUCCGUCCCCACCACCCUUG